GACAUUGAUUCCAAUCUGUAAUCUCUUGUCUCUGCACUGCACCUUUAUAUUAUACGGCUCUCGAAACUCCAUUUCAUUUCUCCUCCACGUUAGACUUUAAUGGCGGCAAAGAAAGUCGAGAUCAAGAUUGAUAUCAACUGCCAGAAAUGCAAAACCGCAGUUAUGGAAACUGUCACAGUGCUCCAAGGCGUGAACCAGGUCUCGUUGGACGUCGAGAAGAGUCUUCUUACAGUGGUAGGGACAAUGGAUCCGUUAUGUGUGGCCGGACAACUGGAAAGGAUUAAGCAGAAACCGGUUAUAGUGACGGUCGGACCGCCCAAGCCACCCGAACCAAAGAAGGAGCCCGAGAACAAAACCCCCCCCCCGCCAUGCUGCACCACUUGUGACAUUGUGCCCUUUACACCCCCCGACAGUGGCAGCGGCUGCACCAUUGUUUGA